AAUCCAAGAUUUCUUAGGAAUUUCGAUUUUUCAGUGAAUUUGGUUAAUUUAAUUAUUCUUCAUGGACCCCCGGGGUGGACUGGAGAAGUUUAUGUGGUCGGUGUACGAAACUCUUGAGGCACCAGUCGUCUGGUUCCGAGAAAAAAUUAUGUUGCCUAAUCGACAGCAUUAUCCCUGGUAUCAUCGAAAAUUCAGGAGGGUGCCAACCAUGGAUGAGUGUUAUACUGACGAUUUGGUUUGCCAUUAUGAAGCCAAUUGUCAAUAUGAUAGAGACAAGCUGGUUGAUGACGAGAUCCUGAACAUCCUCAGAAGUAGAUACGAGGAUUGUUGCAUGUACAAUCCUGAAGACAGGGAGGUAGCUUGCGAUCACUUGUACAAGAUUUACGAGGACGCAGCUGCCGAGUGGACGGCCCAACAUGCUGAUUUAGGUCCUCAUCCAAACGUUCGCGAUGUCCUGAUGAAACAGAAGCAUCGCCUGAUCUGGGAGAGAAGACACGGUGAGGUGGGUACUGGAAUGGUAGGAAACAGGAAGGUGCCUGAAAACAACUGAUUGUACCAUACGUAGAUUGCUAACACUAAAUCUGUAGAUAUUUAAACAAAAAAAAAAGGAAACGAAUGGGAUGUCCGACAGCGGUGAGUCCUCAAAAUCAUUGGUUUAAUAAACUGUUAUUGUGGCACAAUUGUUCAA